UCGGGGAUCUAGUCGGAUCCAGUCUGCCUGAAGCGGACUUCGUGGUGCGCGUUAAUCGGCGCGCGCUGCGGGUUUAAUGAGGCGGAGAUGCGGGUGGACGGGCUGAGCGCGCGGUGAGGAGGACGACACGGAAGAGAGGGACAGCAUAAAGAGGGAGGAGAAGGCGGCCGGUGCGCGGAGAGGGAACGGAGGGCAAUAAAGCGCAGACGCUUCCCCGGGACUUCGCUAUGGAAACCGGCCAGAGCUCGCAGGUGGCCGACAUGGGAGGGGAGCACUGCGCCGGGCCGUGCGUCCCGGAGCGCGACGUGUCCAGCCCCAGCCCGCCGGCCAAGCAGCGCUCCCUGCGGGUCGUGUACGUCCUGAACGACGGGCUGAACUCGGUGAUGGCGAGCAGCCCGGAGUCCGGAGCGCUGCAGUGCCUGCAGAGAGCCUGCGACUCGGAGAGCGCGCUGCUCACCACCGUCACCUUCGGACGGCUCGACUUCGGGGAGACCUCGGUGCUGGACAGCUUCUACGACGCAGACGUGGCGGUGGUGGACAUGAGCGACGUGUGCCGCCAGCCGUCCCUCUUCUACCACCUGGGAGUGAGGGAGAGCUUCGACAUGGCCAACAACGUCAUCCUGUACCACGACACCGACCCCGACACUGCACAGUCACUGAAGGACAUGGUGGCUCAGAAGAACACAGCAUCCAGUGGUAACUACUACUUCAUCCCCUACAUAGUGACUCCCAACCACGAGUACAUGUGCUGCGAGAGCGACGCCCAGCGCAGGGCCAGCGAGUACAUGCAGCCCAGCUGGGACAACCUGCUGGGGCCGCUGUGCGUGCCGCUGACCGACCGCUUCACCAGCCUGCUCAAGGACAUCCACGUCACGUCCUGCGCCUCCUUUAAGGACACCCUGCUGAACGACAUCAGGAAGGCCCGGGAGAAGUACCAGGGCGAGGAGCUGGCCAAGGAGCUCUCCCGGAUCAAACUGCGCAUCGACAACACGGAAGUCCUGACGCAGGACAUCGUCAUGAACCUGCUGUUCUCCUACAGAGACAUCCAGGACUACGACGCCAUGGUGAAGCUGGUGCAGACGCUGGAGAUGCUCCCCACGUGUGAUCUGGCCACGCAGCCCAUGAUCCAGUUCCACUACGCCUUCGCCCUCAACAGGAGGAACAGCCCUGGAGACCGAGAGCAGGCCCUCAGAGUGAUGCUGCAGGUGCUGCAGUCCUGCGAACAUCCUGCGCCCGACAUGUUCUGCCUCUGCGGACGGAUCUACAAGGACAUCUUCCUGGACUCGGACUGCAAGGACACCAAGAACAGAGACAACGCCAUCCAGUGGUACAGGAAGGGCUUCGAGCUGCAGCCCACCCUCUACUCCGGCAUCAACCUGGCCGUGCUGCUCAUCGUGGCCGGGCAGCAGUUCGAGAGCUCCAUGGAGCUCCGCAAAAUAGGCGUGAGGCUGAACAGCCUGCUGGGUCGGAAAGGCUCUCUGGAGAAGAUGAAUAACUACUGGGACGUGGGGCAGUUCUUCACCGUCAGCAUGCUGGCCAACGACAUCCCGAAGGCCACACAGGCCGCCGAGAAGCUCUUCAAACUCAAGCCUCCGCUGUGGUACCUGCGCUCGGUCGUGCAGAACCUGCACCUCAUCCAGAGGUUCAAGAAGCAGACGGUGGAGCACUCGCCGCAGAGAGAACGGCUGGACUUCUGGAUGGACAUCAUCGUGGAGGCCACGCAGGGCACCACCAACAGGCUGCGCUUCCCAGUGUUGAUUCUCGAGCCCACCAAAGUUUACCAGCCCUCCUAUGUGUCCAUCAAUAAUGAAGCGGAAGAGAAGAACGUCUCCAUCUGGCAUGUUUCUCCAUCUGAAACGAAGGGGAUCCACGAGUGGAAUUUCACCGCCAUGUCCAUCAAAGGCAUCAGCAUCAGCAAGUUUGACGAGCGCUGCUGCUUCCUCUACGUGCACGACAACUCGGACGACUUCCAGAUCUACUUCUCCACCGAGGAGCAGUGCGGGCGGUUCUGCUCCAUGGUGAAGGAGAUGAUCUCGGAUGGCACGGGGAACGCUGUGGAGCUGGAAGGGGAGGGCGACGGAGACACGCUGGAGUACGAGUACGACACCAACGAGACGGGCGACCGGGUGGUGCUGGGUCGGGGUACUUACGGAGUGGUGUAUGCUGGGAGAGACCUCAGCAACCAGGUCCGGAUCGCCAUUAAAGAGAUCCCAGAGAGAGACAGCAGAUACUCACAGCCCCUCCAUGAAGAAAUCGCCCUCCACAAAUACCUGAAGCACAGGAACAUCGUUCAGUAUCUGGGCUCGGUUUCUGAGAACGGAUACAUCAAGAUCUUCAUGGAACAAGUGCCCGGAGGAAGCCUAUCUGCACUGCUGCGGUCCAAAUGGGGUCCGCUGAAGGAGGCAACCAUCAUCUUCUACACCAGGCAGAUCCUGGAGGGGGUGCGGUACCUCCACGAGAACCAGAUCGUCCACCGAGACAUCAAGGGUGAUAAUGUGUUGGUGAACACCUACAGCGGCGUCUUAAAGAUCUCAGAUUUCGGGACCUCGAAACGACUGGCGGGAGUCAAUCCCUGCACGGAAACUUUCACAGGAACCCUGCAGUACAUGGCUCCAGAGAUCAUCGACAAAGGUCCUCGAGGAUAUGGCGCCCCGGCGGACAUCUGGUCCCUGGGAUGCACCAUCAUCGAGAUGGCCACUGGGAAACCCCCCUUCCACGAGCUGGGCGAGCCGCAGGCGGCCAUGUUUAAAGUGGGCAUGUUCAAGAUCCACCCGGAGAUCCCCGAGUCUUUAUCCCAGGAGGCCAAGUCCUUCAUCUUGCGCUGCUUCGAGCCCGACCCGCACAAGAGGGCCAUCGCCUCGGACCUGCUCAAGGACACUUUUGUCAGGCACAACACGAAGGGCAAGAAGAGCAAGAUCGCCUUCAAACCAUCAGACUACAUCCACAGCGUGUCGCUGCCGGUGCAGCUGCAGUGCGAGGCGGCGGGCAGCAGCAGCAGCGAGCACGGCUCCGUCAGUCCGGACUGCGACUCCAAACACGACGUCUUCUUCCAGAAGAAGAAGAGCUCCGGCUCGGAGAACCUGCUCAAACCGCCCAACUCCAACUACCUGAGUGUCCCAGAUGAGGGUUCGGUUUCAGAGGACCGCACGGCCCCCCCUUCACCCGAGGACAGGGACGGCGGUCUGUUCUUGCUGAAGAAGGACAGCGAGAGACGAGCGAUUCUGUUCAAGGUCCUCAACGAAGACCAGGAGAAGGUCAUCUCCAACCUGAAGGAAAACCACAUCCAGGGCAUCGAGGAGCUCCAGCUGUCCGUGGAGCACAUCAAGCAGAUCAUCUGCAUCCUGCGAGACUUCAUCCAUUCCCCGGAGAGGCGAGUCAUGGCCGCCACCAUCUCCAAGCUCAAGCUGGACCUGGACUUCGACUCCACCUCCAUCAACCAGAUCCAGCUGGUGCUGUUCGGCUUCCAGGACUCGGUGAACAAGGUCCUGAGGAACCACCACAUUAAGCCUCACUGGAUGUUCGCCAUGGACAACAUCAUCCGCAGAGCCGUGCAGGCCGCCAUCACCAUCCUCAUCCCGGAGCUGAAGACCCACUUCGGCCCGGCGUCGGAGUGCGAGGGGGCGGAGAAGGAGGACGAGGUGGACGAGGAGGAGGCGGAGUUCGGCCACGUGCUGACCCCGCACGCUGAUGACCCCGGGACGGCGUCCGACCCCGCCCACCACGCCGGCGGCGCGCUAAGCCCCGCCCACCCGCAGGAGCAGCACCAGCAGCAGCAGCGCUCGCAGCAUCAGCUGGGAGUUCAGCUGGGACGCCUCAAGCAGGAGACCAACAGGCUGCUGGAGGAGCUGCUGCAGAAGGAGAAGGAGUACCAGCAGGUCUUGAAGACCACGCUGCAGCAGAGGACGCACGACCUGGAGCUGGUCCGGGUCCGACACAGACCACCAGACAUAUCCCCUCCCUCCAUCUUCCACAUCCCCGCGGACCACGAGCCAGACAAGCCGCUCACCGAUUGGCUGAAAGAGCAGGGGGCGGACCCCGACACCAUAGACAAGUUUGUGAUGGAGGAGUACACGCUGGCUGACAUACUCGAUGACGUUAACAAAGACGACCUCCGCAGCCUCCGUCUCCGGGGCGGCGUCCUCUGCCGGAUUUGGCGAGCCAUCCAGCGGCACCGGGAGCGAGAGCGGCUAUAGGAUGACCACCACGCUCAUUUUGCAUAAAGGAAACACGCACACACACGACCAGCCUGUCGCUCUCCUCUCCGUCGUUUCCCCGCAGCGCCGUUGUGUUGCUCAGUGUUCGUGGGUGAGAGACUGACGGAAUCGCCCAGCGGACCAGACCAAAGAACCCGCAGUCUCUCUUUCUGUGUGCCGUAAUGUGCUUCUGCUUGAAAUGUGUCCCAGCAAAACACUCGAACAGUCGCUUGUUGCUGAGCUCAAAGCCACAUUAUUGCUAUACAGGUCAAUUUGAAUGAGUUUUUUUGAACCGAUCCUGCAGGAUGUUUCUGUUUGACCCACUUUAAAUGUGAUUUCCAGCCUUAAAUUUUGUAAUGAUGUAGCCUGUUGACAAAUCGCUUUCUUUGAAUUUAAUAUUUAUGAGCUGUAAUUAUUCUCUCCUUGUCUAUCUGCAUCUUUUCUUUUUCUGUUUUUUUUUUUUUUUUUUUUUUUAAUUCCAACUCUCCUGUAAUGUUAGUUUAUUCUUUACACCUGAAAUAAAAAAACCAGGGAAUGAG